CCCUGCGGCCAUCGUGACCGCAGCACUUGCCACAUCCAGCUCCGAGCACUUCUCGCGGUGCUCCUGAGUUGCGUUCAUGGCGAAGCUUCUCGCCGCACUUGCAGCAGCACUAGUAGUUGUGCUCGCAUCUUGUUGCUGCGGCGUGCGAGGCGACGAAUCGACUAAAGUGAGGGAGUCCCUUGUCAACUUCCUGACGGCGCUCGCCGGGGAUGACGACGGGGCCCAGACGACGGCGGUCGGCCUGGGGUGGAACGCGUCGAUCGACCCGUGCACCCGCGGCAACACCUCCUCGGCGUGGGGCGGGACCGUCACGUGCUUCGGCAGCGACAGCGGGAACGACGGCCUGAUCAAGAGGAUCGACCUCGACGCGCGCGGCCUGGGCGGCACCAUCGACGCGGCGCGGCUGUGCGCCGCGCCGGCGGUCCGCGUGGUCAACUUGCUGGGCAACAGACUGCGCGGCGGCAUCCCCGCGGGCAUCUCCGCGUGCUCGGGCCUCACCCACCUGAUCGUCAGCGGCAACCAGCUCUCCGGCAGCCUGCCACCCUCGCUCGCGCAGCUCAAGAGCCUGCACGUCAUCGAGGUCGCCAGGAACAACCUCUCCGGCGAGCUUCCCGGCGACCUCAGCAAGCUCAAGCUGGAGAGAUUCGUGGCCAACGACAACCAUUUCACUGGCACGAUCCCGGACUUCGACCUUACAGGAUUCAGUGCCUUCAACGUGUCCAACAACAACCUCACCGGGCCAAUUCCCAAGAACGCUACAAGAUUUGGCAAUGCGAGCUUCUGGCCUAACGCCGCCGGCAUGUGCGGCGAGCCCUUCUUCGAUCCUUGCCCGCCGCCGUCCCCUUCGGCAUCGUCCCCGACGGCUUCGUUCAACGCACCGGCGUCGAGAUCCAGCUCCGAUGACGAGGACGACGACGGGGAGGGGAAGGGCAGGCACAAGAAAAGGACUGUGCCCAAGAUGGUCAUGUACCUCGGGUACGUCCUCCUCGGCGCCGCCGUACUGGCCUUCGUCCUGUACAAGAUCUGCUCCAGGAAGAGGCGGAGCAAGCUGGGGCGGAAGUCCAAGCCCGGCGGCGGGGGCAGGGGCGUGUACGACAGCAGCAGGCUGACGACGACCACCACCACCACCACGGCGGCGGUGAGCCCGAGCAAGUCGGCCUACUCUCUGCCGACGUCGACCGAGCAGAGCGCGGCCACCGCCGCGCCGUCGGCGUCGCUGAUGGUGCUGCGGCGGUCGGGCACGGCGUCGAUCACGUCGACCGCCGCGGCGGCGGCGGCCAAGGAGCUGCGGUUCGAGGACCUGCUCAAGUCCCCCGCGGAGCUGCUUGGCCGCGGCCGUUUCGGGAGCUCGUACAAGGUGGUGGUGCCGGGUGGCGCGGCGCUGGCGGUGAAGCGGGUCAAGGACGAGGCGGUGAGCGAGGAGGCGUUCCGGCGGCGGAUGGAGCGGGUCGGGCGCGCCAAGCACCCCGCCGUGCUGCCGCCGCUCGCCUUCUACUGCGCCAUGCAGGAGAAGCUGGUGGUGUACGAGUUCCAGAGCAACGGCAGCCUCGCCAAGCUCCUCCAUGGCUCCAUAGAGAGCAGCCAGGGUCCCGUGGACUGGCCGGCGCGCCUGCACAUCGCCGCCAAGGUCGCCGACGGCAUGGCGUUCAUGCACACCGCCCUGCGCGGCGACGGCGCGAGCUCCAACACCUCGUCGUCGGGCGAGGAGGCGGCGGGCGACGGCCCCAUCGCCCACGGCAACCUCAAGGCCACCAACGUCCUCUUCACGGCCGGCAUGGACCCGUGCAUCAGCGAGUACGGCGUCACCGCGCCGCCCGGCCGGCCCGCCAGCGGCGGCGGCGACGCCGCGCUCCGCGCCGACGUGCGGGCGUUCGGCGUGCUGCUGUUGGAGCUGCUGACGGGGAAGGCCACGUCGGCGCGGGGCGACGGCUCGGAGCUGGCGCGGUGGGUGACCUCGGUGAUCCGGGAGGAGUGGACCGCCGAGGUGUUCGACCGCGCGCUGCUCGCCGGCGGCGGCGGGGACGGCUCCUCCGAGCAGCGCAUGGUGCGGCUGCUGCAGGUGGCCAUGCGGUGCGUGGAAGCCUCCCCCGGCUCGGGCCCGCCGCCGACCAUGCGGGAGGUCGCCAGCAUGGUCAACGCCAUCCGCGAAGACGACGCGACAGGUCCUUCUCCUUGGAAGCGUAGCAUGAGUGAUGACUAGUGCCGAGCACUCGACUCAUGCGGUGCCCUGCAAGAUACACAUAAACCUGCUUCAUUAUUCGCAAAAGUCUGUUAAUUAAGUCAGUUGAAAAUUCUGUAGCACGUACGAUGAUGCAUUUGAGCAUAAACACUUUGUAACUAUUUUUCGAGCAAUAACAC